AUGUCAUCGCAACCGGCUCAAGAAGCUUUAGGCCGUAUUGUGCUAGAGUUGCGUUCACGAGGGAGCGAAGACUUGAGGAGACGAGCGGCUUUGGAACUGAGGGAAUUAGUAAUUGUCACAGCAAGAGAUUUACCACCUGAACGUUUUCUUGAAUUUUAUAGUGUUGUAAAUACUCGGAUUAGUCAAUUGAUUACCCAUGGAACAGACCCGGCCGACCGUCUUGGAGGCAUACAUGCUUUAGAUGCUUUAAUUGAUUUUGAUGGAGUUGAUUUAGGACAAAAAGUCACCCGAUUUACACAAUGUCUACGGACAGUAUUGAAAAGCAAGGAUCUAUUGCCUAUGCAGCCUGCUGCUGUAGCGUUGGGAAAGCUAUGUCGACCCGGUGGCUCGCUGAUAUCUGAAUUGGUUGAGAGUGAGGUCAAGACUGCCCUAGAGUGGCUUCAGUCUGAUCGGGUCGAAGAGCGACGAUACAGUGCAGUCUUAGUGCUCCGAGAGCUCGCCAGAAAUGCGCCAACUCUGAUGUACGCCUUUGUUGGUCUAGUUUUUGAUCAGAUUUGGGUAGGACUACGUGAUCAACGACUUCUUAUACGACAAACAGCUGCCGAGGCUAUCAGUGCAAGUUUUCAGAUCAUAAGAGAGAGAGAUCAAUCUAUGCGUCAGACAUGGCAACUCAAAAUUUACGAUGGAGCCGUAACUGGAAUCCGGCAAGGUACAGUAGAAAAUAUUCACGGCUCACUGCUCGUCAUCAAAGAACUUCUACAGCAAGGCGGCAUGUUCAUGCAUGAACACUACCAAGAAGUCUGCGAGAUUGUUUUUCGACACAAAGAUCACCGAGAUGUACAUAUUCGUCGCACAGUUGUCAUGCUAAUUCCCGAACUAGCUAACUACUCACCGUCGGAGUUUGUUCAAGGCUAUCUGCACAAGUUUAUGGUAUUUUUAUCGGGCAUGCUUAAGAAAGACAAGGAUCGUAACGACUCGUUCCUAGCAAUCGGAAAUAUUGCCAAUGCUGUUAAAAGUGACAUAGCACCGUAUUUGGAUGGCGUAUUAAUUUAUGUACGUGAAGGACUCAGCGUCAGAUCUAGGCGUAGUGGAACAGUAGAUCCAGUGUUCGAUUGUAUUAGUCGACUAGCCGUUGCAGUUGGCCAGACUUUAAGCAAGUAUAUGGAAGCCUUGCUGGAUCCUAUUUUUGCUUGCGAACUAACACCUAAACUUACACAAGCACUGGUUGAUAUGGCUUUUUAUAUACCCCCAGUGAAGCAAACAAUUCAAGAAAGACUGUUGGACAUGCUCAGUAAAGUUCUAUGUGGCGAGCAUUUUAAGCCACUCGGAGCCCCUACGCCGAAUAAUAUCAGCUCUGCGCUGAUUGUCCCCAAAGAUUCAAAAGAUCCUCUUGCGUACGAGCAUCGGCAAGCUGAGAUAAAACUCGCUCUGAACACUCUCGGUAGCUUUGACUUCUCAGGUCAUGUGCUUAAUGAAUUUGUUCGUGAUGUGGCCAUCAAAUACGUCGAAGACGAAAAUCUAGACAUUAGAGAAGCUGCUGCCUUAACUUGCUGUCAACUCUAUGUCAGAGAUCCAGUUGUUAAUCAAACUAGCUAUCACGCAAUCCAAGUUGUCAGCGAUGUUAUUGAAAAACUUUUGACUGUCGGCGUAGCUGACCCUGAUCCUUCUAUCAGAAGAACCGUACUAGCAGCUUUAGACGAGCGUUUUGACCGACAUCUGGCUAAGGCUGAAAAUAUACGGACACUCUUCUUUGCUCUAAAUGAUGAAGUUUUUGCUGUCAGGGAGGUUGCUAUCGUCAUAAUCGGUCGCCUAACUCAUGUCAAUCCUGCCUAUGUUAUUCCUUCUCUGAGAAAAGUUCUUAUUCAAAUGCUCACGGAGCUUGAGUUCUCUGAUGUUGCAAGAAAUAAGGAAGAAAGCGCAAAACUCUUGAGCUUGCUUGUCCAAAAUUCUCAGCGCCUCAUAAAAUCAUACGUUAACCCGAUGGUUGCAGUCUUACUUCCAAAGGCGCGUGACUCUAACCCUAGCGUAUCUUCAACCAUUCUGAAAGCAAUUGGAGACCUCGCAACUGUUGGUUGUGAAGAUAUGAAGCCAUAUAUUGAUCAAUUAAUGCCUAUAAUCAUUGAUGCACUUCAAGACCAAAGUUCUAUUAUCAAGCGUGAAGCGGCCCUCAAGACUCUUGGACAGCUAGCCAGCAAUGCAGGAUAUGUUAUUAAGCCUUAUUUGGAUUAUCCAAGCCUUCUAGAAAUUCUCCAAACGAUUGUAAGGACUGAACCUCAUCGCGGUCCAUUACGACAAGAAACAAUAAAGUUAUUGGGCAUUCUUGGUGCUCUAGACCCAUAUAAACAUCAACAGGUCGAAGAAAGAUCACCAGAAUCUCAACUACGUUUUGAAUCAACUCAGCUAACUGACAUAUCACUAAUGAUGACGGGACUAACCCCGUCAAACAAAGAAUACUUUCCUACAGUUGUAAUAAAUGCCCUUCUACAAAUAAUCAAGGAUCAAUCUCUAGUUCAACAUCACGCUGUUGUCGUAGAAGCUAUUAUGAACAUUUUUCGAACACUUCAACUUGAGUGUAUCCCCUUUCUCGACAGGGUAGUACCGGCAUUUAUAGCAGUUAUCAGAGGUGCUCCUGCUACCAAACUUGAUUCUUACUUUAGUCAGCUUAGUAGUUUAGUCGGUAUUGUACGCCAACAUAUUAGAAGCUUUCUACCUGACAUCGUGACCGUACUUCAGGAAUUUUGGAAUCAUCCUCACGGCCUAAAAGCAAAUAUACUUCAAUUAAUAGAAGCUAUCUCACGAUCCCUGGAAGGUGAGUUUAAGGUUUAUCUUGCUAAUAUUUUACCACUUAUGCUUGGAGCCUUGGAAAAAGACAAUACAACUAGGCGGAUUACUUCCGAAAGAGUUAUGCACGCCUUUCUCACGUUUGGCCAGAGCGCUGAAGAGUAUAUGCAUUUAAUUAUUCCGGUGAUCGUUGGUGUUUUUGAAAAGCCGCAACAGCCAUCCUUUAUUCGAAAGCUCGCUAUUGAAACUGUUGGGAAAAUAUCUCGACAAGUUAACCUCAACGAUUUUGCCUCAAAGAUUAUUCACCCCCUAUCGAGAGUACUGGGUGGAACUGAUAUUACUUUGAGGCUUGCAGCUCUUGAUGCACUAUGUCUUUUAAUAUUUCAAUUAGGAAAAGAUUAUCUACACUUUGUAAGCACUAUAAACAAAGUUCUUGCUGCACAGCAAAUUACACACCAAAACUACGAACUCUUAGUUAGCAAACUUAAAAAAGGAGAGGUAUUACCCCAAGAUCUUAAUGCUGAUGAGCGAUUCCGUAAUUCAAUCGACGAUGGUUCCGCAACAGAAGUUCAGAACAAAAAGCUUGACUCAAAUCCAGUACAUUUGAAAGCUGCCUGGGAUGCGACAGGGAAAUCUACGAAAGAAGAUUGGGCUGAAUGGAUGCGUAGACUUAGCGUUACUGUCUUGACCGAAUCUCCUAAUCAGGCUCUUCGCGCAUGCGCCUCUCUAGCAGCGAAUCAUCCACCACUUGCACGCGAGUUAUUUAACUCUGCAUUUGUAUCAUGCUGGGGUGAUUUAUUUGAACCGUACCAAGAUGACCUUAUCCAAAACAUUGAGCUUGCAAUCCGCUCUCCACACGUCACCCCAGAUCUCCUUGGAAUUCUGUUAAACCUUGCUGAGUUUAUGGAGCAUGAUGAUAAGGCUCUUCCAAUUGACAUUAGAGUACUCGGCCGGGAGGCAGGGCGAUGUCACGCCUGGGCUAAGGCUUUGCAUUAUAAAGAAUUAGAAUUUCUCCAGGAUCAGUCCGGAAUUGCAGUUGAAGCACUCAUUCAGAUAAAUAAUCAAUUACAACAAUACGAUGCUGCUAUCGGCAUUCUUCGACGAGCUCAACUUUACAAAGAUGGCAUAACGCUACGUGAAACGUGGUUCGAAAAGCUUGAAAGAUGGGAGGAAGCAUUGGAAUUCUAUCACAAGCGAGAAGAAAAAUUUCCGGAUCAAGCUCAAACAUUUGAUGUCAUCAUGGGUAAGAUGAGAUGUCUACAUGCACUAGGAGAGUGGGAAACUCUGUCGGCUCUAGCCCAAGACAAAUGGCAUACUUCAUCUCUCGAUAUAAAGCGUGCAGUUGCUCCUUUGGCAACGGCAGCAGCAUGGGGUCUUGGUCAAUGGGACUUGAUGGAUGACUACCUCAGCGUUAUGAAAGCAAAUACUCCAGAUCGAUCAUUCUUCGGUGCAAUCCUUGCUUUGCAUCGCAAUCAGUAUCGAGAAGCAGCUAUGUUCGUGCAGAAGGCAAGAGAAGGUCUUGACACUGAGCUUAGUGCACUAGUCAGUGAAUCGUAUAACCGAGCUUAUACGGUUGUUGUGCGGGUGCAGAUGCUCGCAGAACUAGAAGAAAUAAUAGUUUACAAACAGAGUAAUAAUAAUCCUGCCAAGCAAGAAGCUAUGCGACAGACCUGGGAAAAGCGCCUUCUUGGGUGCCAGAGAAACGUUGAAGUCUGGCAAAGAAUGUUGAAGGUCCGUGCACUAGUGAUUUCACCCAAAGAAAAUAUGCAAAUGAUGAUUAAAUUUGCAAAUCUAUGUCGAAAAUCAGGUAGAAUUGGCUUAGCAGAAAAACAUUUAAAGAUGCUUAUUGGAACCGAUAUAUCCUUAGAUUAUGUACUACCAUUCCAAGACGCCAACUCUACCCAAGCAAUAAACCCUGGCCCACGUGUCGAUCGCCAGAAGCUUCUUAUAGAGAUGGGAAUUCCACCGCCAGUUCAAUACGCAGUUCUCAAAUUUCACUGGGCCAAUGGUAAACAUGAGGCUGCCCUAGCUGCUCUCCAAGACUUUACAAAAGAUCUUGCCGAUCACAUCAGAACACUUCAGUUACAGGUGCACAACAUGAAUAGUGUUGAUGGACACAAUACACUAAAUAUCAACAGUAAUGGAUUUGCACUUGAUAGUAACUCGUCUACUGGAAUGGCACAUAAUGUUAGCAUUAAACAAUUUUCUGAACACUACGUACUUUUGGCUCGAUGUUACCUGAAGCAGGGAGAGUGGCAAGUUUCCCGAAGGAAAGGCGACUGGAAUCAUGAAGUUGUUAGCGAAAUUCUCGAUUCAUACCGAGCCGCUGCAAAUUUUAACCCUAACUGGUACAAAGCCUGGCACUCUUGGGCACUGGCAAAUUUUGAAAUUGUCCAAGCUCUUGGCGAAAAAAGUGAAAGAGAUCGUGACUUUGCCUUACCCCAGAGUAUAAUUAUUGAUUAUGUUGUACCAGCUAUCCAUGGAUUUUUUAGAUCAAUCGCAUUAUCUCAGGGUAGUUCAUUACAAGAUACUCUAAGACUUCUCACUUUAUGGUUUGCUCAUGGUGGGAGCUCCGAGGUAAAUCUUGCAGUUACGGAGGGAUUUGGUUCAGUGAGCGUUGAUACUUGGCUGGAAGUAAUUCCUCAAUUGAUUGCCAGAAUUAACCAGCCGAAUGCAAGAGUCCGGCAAUCAAUCCACAAUCUACUUGCUGAUGUCGGGAGAGCACACCCCCAAGCUCUCGUUUAUCCAUUAACGGUAGCAAUGAAAUCUGCACCCAACACAAGGAGAUCUAGAUCUGCAAUGCAAAUCAUGGAAAGCAUGCGACAACAUAGUUCUAGGCUUGUCGAGCAGGCUGAUAUAGUUAGCCAUGAACUUAUUCGUGUCGCUGUUUUAUGGCACGAACUUUGGCAUGAGGGCCUCGAGGAAGCUUCACGCCUUUAUUUUGGUGAUAGAAAUAUCGAAGGUAUGUUUGCGACACUAGCACCGCUGCACGACAUGCUUGAUAAAGGUCCAGAGACCUUGAGGGAAAUUUCAUUCGCCCAGACCUUUGGUCGGGAUCUCCAGGAAGCUCGAGAAUGGUGCAACACAUAUCGUACAACCGGUGAUGUCUCCGAUAUUAAUCAAGCAUGGGAUCUCUACUACCAAGUCUUUCGGAGGAUUGCGCGUCAAUUACCUCAACUUAACAACCUUGAACUAGCAUAUGUAUCACCAAAACUCCUACACGCUCGUAAUUUAGAUCUUGCUGUACCAGGUACUUACGUUAGCGGCAAGCCUAUCAUCCGAAUCGUUAACUUUGAUACAACCUUUAUCGUCAUUUCAUCUAAGCAGCGGCCAAGGAAACUUAGCUUACAGGGAAGUGAUGGAAAUACAUACACUUUUGUUCUUAAAGGUCAUGAAGACAUUCGCCAAGACGAGCGGGUGAUGCAACUAUUCGGUCUUUGUAAUACGCUCAUGAUAAAUGACUCUGAGUCAUACAAGCGACAUUUAAAUAUACAGCGAUAUCCUGCGAUACCACUUUCACAAAAUUCAGGCCUUCUAGGCUGGGUUCCUAAUAGUGACACUCUUCAUGUGUUAAUACGAGAAUACAGAGAAAGCCGAAAGAUUCUUCUAAAUAUUGAGCAUCGCAUCAUGCUACAAAUGGCGCCUGACUAUGAUAAUCUUACAUUGAUGCAGAAAGUCGAAGUUUUUGGCUAUGCACUUGACAAUACAACUGGUCAAGAUCUCUACAGAGUCUUGUGGCUUAAGAGUAAAAGUUCUGAAUCUUGGCUUGAAAGACGCACUAAUUAUACACGAUCUUUGGGUGUGAUGUCGAUGGUUGGGUACAUCCUUGGUCUAGGAGAUAGACAUCCUUCUAAUCUAAUGCUCGACAAGGUCACAGGAAAAAUUAUCCACAUUGAUUUUGGUGAUUGUUUCGAGAUUGCCAUGCAUCGAGAAAAGUAUCCUGAACGUGUUCCUUUUCGGCUAACCAGAAUGUUAACUUACGCUAUGGAAGUCAGCAACAUUGAGGGCAGCUUUCGGAUCACGUGUGAAAAUGUCAUGCGAGUUCUCCGUGACAACAAGGAGUCCCUUAUGGCUGUGCUCGAAGCAUUUAUCCACGAUCCUCUACUCAACUGGAGACUUACUGGCGGGGAUGUCUCUCCUACAGGACCCAAUUUUCGAUCUGACAGCCGUGAGUCCCUUAUUGUAGAUCAAGUACGACGUGCAUCGCUUCUUGCUACCGAGUUACCACCAAAUAUUGCAGAUCACGUUACACAACCUAGUGGCCCACCAUCAUCUCGUGUAAGAGCGCGGACUAAUUCAUCUGCGCAAGGAAACGGAUUGGCAGAUACUGAUGUCCAAGAGACCCAAAAUGCGCGUGCGAUGCAGGUGUUGCAUCGUGUGAAAGAAAAACUCUCCGGAACUGAUUUCAAGGCAGAGGAAGAAUUAAAUUACAUAAAUCAAGUUGAUAAGCUCUUGAACGAAGCAACAAAGCUGGAGAAUCUUUGCCAGCACUACAUAGGAUGGUGUAGUUUCUGGUAG